AUGUCUGCCUCGGAUAGUACCAACUCGCCGCCGAUGGAGGACGAGAAGAGGUUUCAUAAGGGUCCCAAUGAGUCUAUUCAACCCCUCUCAGAGAGAGAGGAGAAAGCCAUCAUCCGCCGCAUCGAUCUUUGUCUUCUUCCGCUGAUGUUCUUUUCGUACUUGCUGCAAUAUCUCGAUAAGACGACCUUGUCGUAUGCAUCGAUCUUAGGUCUUCUGAGUGGCACGCACAUGACCACAGCCCUCUAUUCAUGGACCUCGAGUGCCUUUUACUUUGGUUACCUAGUCGCAUCCUACCCCGUCUCUCUGGGGUUUGUCAAGUUCCCGCUCGGCAAAUACCUCUCUACUAUGAUGAUUCUAUGGGCUAUCAUCUUAACCUGCCACGCAGCAGCCUCCAACUUCGCAGGGAUGACCGCGCUCCGUGUACUUUUGGGAGUUUUCGAAAGCGCCAUAAGCCCCGGGUUCACUCUAGUCGUGAGUAUGUGGUAUACGCCAUCAGAGCACGCUCUGCGCAGCUGCAUCUGGUUCGCGGGCAACGGUGUUGCCGCAAUCUUCGGAGGCGUUCUCGCCUACGCCAUCGGCCACAUUGAAGAUAGGUUGGGGCCGUGGCAAUGGCUCUUCAUAAUAUUCGGACUGAUCACGUUGGGAUGGUCGGUCUUCCUGUUCUUCGCCCUGCCCGACUCCCCACAUAACGCCAAGUUCCUCCAACCGAAUCAACGCGAGUCCGCCUACCUUCGCGCGCAGGCAUGCCAGAAGAGCUACCAGAGCCGCGAAUGGAAGAAAGACCAAUUCAUCGAAGCAUGGCUUGAUCCAAAAACAUGGUUUUUGUUCGUCUACAAUUUCAUGGUCUCUCUGCCAAACGGGGGUAUAACCAACUUCUCGAGCCUGGUUAUCGAGUCUUUCGGCUUCGAUACCUUCAACACUCUCCUGUACAGCAUCCCCAUGGCUGCUGUGGCUCUCGUCUUUCUGCUUAUUAGUGCAUUCACAUGCAAUCGCUUCCGUGGUCUCCGCUGCUACUGGAUGAUCGCCACUCUUCUGGUCAGCCUCGUCGGCAUUCUCCUCAUGCGACAGCUCCCUACCGAGAAGAAAUGGGGUCGCUUGGUUGGGGUGUGGCUCGUCAGUGUCUUUGGUGCCGGAUGGCCCCUCAGUCUUAGUCUGGUCUCGAGUAACUUUGCUGGGUUUACCAAGAAAAGUACCGUGACAGCUAUACUGUUUAUUGGGUACUGCGUGGGCAAUAUUGCCGGGCCGCAAUUGUUCAAGACCAACGAAGCCCCUAAAUAUUUGGUAAGAGAGCUCUCUCUCAUUUCAGUUGGUCUCCGUUUGUCUGCUGUGAUUGAAGCACUGACGAAUAAGCGAAGGAACCGCAAGCAAGGCCGGACUAUUGAGCCCGAGUCACCAGAGAUGGAGGAUGCUGUCCAAUCACAUUCGGACCACAGCGAGUCGGGCGAUAUCACGGACUGGCAGAACGAAAGUUAUCGAUACUGUUUGUAG